AUGAAUUUUAGUGAAUUAUUUAAAGUAACUUCUCGUCAAUGUUCAUUUUCUCCUGAUGGAGAAUAUAUUGCAUGUGUUAAUCAAUAUCGUUUAAUAAUUCGUUCAUCAACAACUUUAGAAAUAAUUAAUUUAUUUGCUUGUAUUGAUACAAUUGAAACAAUUGAAUGGUCACAUGAUUCACGUUUAAUAUUAGCUGGUUUAAUUAAACGAAAUGCAGUUCAAGUAUUUUCAUUAGAUAAUCCUGAAUGGAAAUGUAAAAUUGAUGAAGGUUCAGCUGGUCUUUGUAAUGUUCAUUGGGCACCAGAUUCUCGACAUAUAUUAACAACAGCACAAUUCCAUUUACGUAUAACAGUUUGGUCAUUAGCAUCAAAAAAUGUUUCUUAUAUAAAAUAUCCAAAAAAACUUUCACCAAAAUCAUAUGUUUUUAGUUUAUUAAAACCAUAUAUGGCAUUAGUUGAACGUCGUAAUGAUAGUACAGAUCAUAUAUCAAUAUUUGAUUAUUCAUCAAAUUGGUCAAUGAUAGCACAUUUUCAACCAAGUGAUUUAGAAGAUCUUCAAGGUAUUGAAUGGUCACCAAUAGCUGAUGUUUUAUGUUUAUGGGAAAAUUCUUAUGAAUAUAAAAUUAUUUUUUAUACACUUGAUGGACAAUUAUUAAAUACAUAUAAACCAGAGAAUGAUCGUUUAUCAUUAGGUGUACGUUGUGCACGAUGGUCACCAACAGGACAAGUUAUUGCUGUUGGUGAUUAUGAAGAACGUAUAACUAUUUUUAGUUAUUUAACAUAUAAAAAAAUUCAAUCAUCAUUUGAACAUCCACAAAAAUUAUCAUCAGGAAAAGGUUAUACAAUAUUAAAAGAAGAAGAAUAUAAUUCAAAUGCACAAGAAAAACAUGAUCCAAGCCAACGUAAACCUUAUUCAUCAGCAGCUUACUCAUCAUCUGCAUUAUCACAAAUAGAAACAACAAAAGUUUCUAUUGAAUCGAAAUAUAUUAUUUAUAAUGGUACACUUCAAAUAGCACCAAUAAAACCUGAUCUUGAUCGUGCGAAUCCUCGAUUAGGUGUGUCAUCUAUUGAAUAUUCAUGUUCAGGUCGUUAUUUAUCAACAAUUAAUGAUACAAUGCCAAAUCUUUUAUUUAUAUAUGAUUUUAAACCAACAUUCCAUUUAGCUUUUGUUCUUAUACAAAUUCAACCAAUACGAUGUGUAAAAUGGGAACCAAAACGUGAUCAUUUAGCAUUAUGUACUCAUAAUAAUAGGAUUUAUAUAUGGACACCACAAGGCGCAUCAUGUAUUAAUCUGCCUGAUGAAUCAUCAAAACAUAAUAUUGAUGAAAUUAAAUGGAAUAAUAUCGCUUCUUCACCAAGUAUUGCAUUAAUUGGACAAGAAACAAUGUGUGUAGAUAUGACAGAAAAUAAAAAUUUAAAGGAAAAAGAAGACGAUGAUUCCAAUCUCUAUGAUUUUCUUGAAGUUUUUGCAGAUAAAGUUGAUGCAAUAACACGUCGAAUUGAAGGACAUAAAGAUGAUUCUCAACAACGAUGGCAACGAACAAAAGAUGAUAUUGAUGAACAAAAACGUUUACUUAAAAGUCAAUUACAAAGACGUAUUCAUAUAUUAUCAGAAAAUUUAAAUAAACCAGAUUUUAUUCGGAUAAGAGAUAAAAUUACAUUUACAGUUUCAGUUGCUAAUAUUUGUUUUUCUCCUCUACUUGCUAGUCGAUGGCCUCAUAUAUUACCAAUUUUUUAUACAAUUCAAGCACUUUUCCUUAUAACACUUCGAUUUUUUAUUUACAAACAUAAACAUUGGCAUUAUUUUGUUUAUGAUUUAUGUUAUUUUGUAAACUUACUAACUUUAAUUUAUUUAUGGAUAUUACCAUCAUCUGAAAUACUUUUUACUGUUUGUUAUACAUUAAGUCAUGGUUUGGAUAAAAUAACGAGUAUGUUCAUUCAUAUGUAUCCACCAUUAACAUUAUUUACUCUUCGAUGGAUUUUACCAAUUGAUCUUCAAGUUAAACAUUAUCCAGCUAUUAUUAAAAUUGGUUCAACACUUCCACUAGGUACAGCUGUUUUUUAUACAGUUGUUUUUUAUUUGUUAUGGCAAGUAUUAUAUUAUGCAUUUAUUGUCUAUGGACGUCGAGACAAAGUUGCAAGUGGAUCAAGAGUAACAUCAUAUACAUGGUUAUUAAAUGAUAAGAAAGGUUUUCUUGCACAUCUUAUGGAUAAAUUUGGUUUUGGAGGAGAAGAUAAUGGAAUCAAUCCUGCUAAACUUAUCUUUUAUUUUUUUCUACAAUUUGCAUAUAUGCUUAUUUCGAUUUUACCAGCUUGUCUAUGGUUUUAUCAAUAUAUGUAUUUAAAUGGCAUAUUUAUUUGCUUAAUAUUUGCUUUCAGUGUUUAUAAUGGAGCAUCUUAUUAUAUAGAUGUUUUUUCACGUCAAUAUAUAAAAAGUCUUAAAUUAUUACAUGACUUGGAUAAUUCCAAUGAUAAAAAUGCAUCGUCUUCUACAGAAACAGAUGCUGAUAAAAAUCAAGACAAAAAACAUUCUUAA